AUGAAUACCGAGAGAGAGUCAUGUACGUGUACUGGAACUAUAGGGAUGAGGGAUCGGUGAGUGAACGCUUAGGCUUAGAACACUUGGGUUUAUAGGAAGCGAAGAAGUUUGCGGUUUUAAUACUUAACCUUUUUAAGAAAAGUGCCUAAACAAGACUGAGAUACUGAGGUGGCUUCGCUAAAAAUCUUAGCAGGCGUGAAGAUUUAAGCCUCGAACCUAUUAAGGCACCAUGACUCGGCCAAUGAGAGAACAGCAGAUAUCUAUUUCGCUAUGAUUUGUGAAGUCAAAUGUUCUGUGUCAGUUAAUUCAGCAAAUGGAAGUUUUUGUGCAUUUUAGUUUUAAAUAUUGUCAGUAAAAAAGCUACUCCUAUUAAGUUUAAUCAUUGAACUGAGACAAUCCCUCCAUCGGAUUUACUUUCUGGUCCUUUCCCCACUCACAUUUCGACCAAAAAGUUGUCUUACUUUGCCAGAAGUAAAACGGGGCCCCUAACAGACCAAAAAAUCCAUCGUCACUGCUGAAAAGAGAACUUUCCAGCUUUCGAGAGGGAUUGGUCAGAAACAAGCAAAUAAUAUAGCUCCGCAAAUGCCCUACUGAAUUUCUAAGCUGCGUAGGUGUCUGUGGCGGUUCUUCCACCUCGGUCAUGAUCAUUUUUCACUCGAAGCGAGUGGCAAAGAUACGAGGGAAAAUCCCUCGACGCGACUUGACUUGACUUGUACCCACUCUUCCCGCGGCUCCGCGCAUCACAUCACAUCAGCUAUUUAGCUGCCGUUUUUUAUUGACCUACAUAACAAUAUAUUUAUAAUGCCGCCCGCUACGCAGGCUACUGAAUUUCACAGGGAGGGAUGUUUCACACUAGUUAAUAUGGACGGAAGUUACGUUUGUCCACAUGUACAAUUUUGUAUCUUCUCCGAACCAUAUCUUUGUUAGUUGUCAACAUACCACUAUCAAAUUUAGCAAACGUUACUGAUUUUUAGGCUCAUUUUCCAGUGGUUUUGAUACAUUUUCGCCUACUGGUUUAUUUCAAAAGUUGAUAAAACCGUUUAAGGGUGGAUGACCAUGUAUUGAUGGAUUCGGAUAUUGCUUUCGUGUGCCUUGAGGCUGUAUGAAACAGUAAAGUGUUUGAUAGCGAUUUUGUGCCUUGCAAAAAUGACAGAAAAGAUUUGUAUGUUCAACGAAAAAUUUUUAUUUUAAAUGCCAUAGAUCAAGGUAUUUCGAAUACAUCAAAAGCUUUAGCUGUGAAACAAUGUGCCUAUUUGAACAACACUUUUGGCUUGCAGCCUGAUGCGGACCACUGAGGAAACAGCCAUCACAUCCUUCUCAUAUGAUCACGAAAUCAGGGAAACCUCUAAAAAACUCGACUGGUUCACCGAAGGUAUCUUCACGUGGUCUUAUAUCACACGAACUCGAAUAUGUACUUUAAAUAUAUGGCGGUGGUGGUGGGGGGGAGGGCAAGUUUGUCCCCCUCUCCCAUCAUGCAAAUGUCUAUAAAUUUUUCGCGACUUUGAGGAGCUAUGUCUUAGCUAGUUUUCAACAAAUGACUUUCAAAUUUGGCGGUAUUCAAAUUUAAAGACGCUCUUGCCAGCGGAGUCGAUGGAUUUUCCUUUACUUGUCUAUGUCAAGAGUUGAAAAAAACCAUCGAAAGGUCUAUUGCAUGACGAAUCGUCCCCGAGAUUUGGAACAAUGAAGGUACUAACUUCACUAAUGUAUUGCACUUGAUUGUUCCUUUCUUAAAAUACUGUAAUCCUCUCUAGCUAGCACCCGGAACGGCUUGUGCGUACGGAUUUCCUUUGCCUAACGUGCUUCAUCACCAGCAAACGAAGCAGGCAACAUGUAUGAUAAAAUGCAUCAGGGGUAUCCAACUUCCCAAUGUUUCAAAAUACGCCAGAAGUGUCUCAGAUGGUUUUCUCUAUGCUUUAGAAGCCUGUUUGGUCAAUUUGGAGUUGCCUUAAAAACUAUUUAUCUGUUCGGAUGUCUUAGGGGAACUUUGGUACUCACGAAAGUUUUAGAUGGCUUUUUCGUCUCAUCCGAAAGUGUUAGUUACCCUCAUUUGUCUGGCCGAAAGUUCGAGGACAUGAAGUAGCCUUGCUUUAGAAAAUUACAUGGGACGUUAAGUCUUUAUACCGAAAGUUUUAGGAGACAUUAAAAAAAAAUAAUCGCAAUAUCUAGAUAUUAAAAUGUGAAAACACAACCUCCGAAAAUCGUAGUCAAGCUAUUAGAAAACCUCCGAAUAUUUUAGACGAAUGGAACGGUUAUCCAGAAAUUUUUAUCUUUUCUCAAGCCUUAGAAAUUUCUAGAUAAAAUUUGCUCCUUUGAACAGUUUUUUUGCAGAAUAUAGUCGCUGGGCGCCCCUGAUGUAUUAAACAUCGAAAUAAAUCCCGGGAAUAAAUACAGAGAGUCAGUUCUCUAGGUUAGUUAGGUUCCCCAUGGUUAGGUAUAAACUGUAUGAUGAAGAAGAAGCGUACGUACCAGUGUUUCGAAGUAUACUUCUAGGUGUACUUUUGAAGCAAUGCUUGGAUAUGAUUGAUCGUUGUCCACUGAAUCUUUUCGCAUCCUAAGUCCAAGAUUAACCAACACGAAGUUCGAUGAAUUGACUGCUUGUUCUUGUGAAGUGCAUAUCAAUGCCGGAAGUAGUGUCAAUCUCGAUGUGGAACUGCUAUGGAACCCUCUUCAGUUUCUUGUAGAAAACAAUAAAUUAGUCGUUUGUCUUCUUUCACUUAUUUCCAAAAAGGGAUUAGUCCACUUACUUUAAAACUGAAUUUAAACGACACCAAAGUGUAAACUGUUUUUAUAGCUCAGUGAUGAGUCGUUCAGGUUUGCAUUUGUAAAUGCUUUAAUUUAUGUACGUUUGAACCAAUCAGAAAGCUUUGAUCUGUUGACGUCAUUCUGUUCCAAGGCAGGUCACGCUUAGUCGACCUGUAAAUUGUAUCUGUCGUGAUGCAAUUUUGUCCUUGGUUAAGAUUUUAUUUUAUUUCAUUUUAUAUUUAUCUGUUUUUAUUUUUUGGUAUGGGGACGUACAUUAAUCAAUUGUCAAAUAAUAGGAAAAUUUGUUGAGCAUAUGACGUGAACCCUUUUUUAUAACUGAAUCUAAGUAAAACUUGGAAAAUUUCCUUUUCAGGACCCACCGAGAAAUAAAUUCGUGAUAGGAGGAUUUUUUUGCCAUGAGAAAGGAACUUAUUUCCUAUUCGCUAAAGAAGUUCUUGAUCUUAUUGCCCCUGGAAACGGUGGGAUUUCGCCUUGAUUUUUUUUUUAUAUUCAUUAACUUGCUAUCGAACCCAGCUCGCUAACAAGUCAAGAUGUAUAAUUAUUUGUUUAUUGGAUUUCUCCCCCCUUUCCGUUGACGUUUCACCAACUUAUAAAGAACAGAUAUAAACACUCGUCUCCAGAGCGUCAGACAAAAUCUUCAGAAACCAGACCGUUCUCAGGAGAGCUGAACUGUCACGAGAAUGAAUGACUGGUAUCUUAAACUGCCGUAAGUGAAGAGCGGGAAGGGGCAACCGAGUCUAUACGGUUCAAGUUGAACUGAUCCACACGCCCCCGCCCCACCCCCAAAAAACUGAAAUCCCCCUAUGCUGUUCCAAAAAUAUUUAACCUUUUGCUUUGUUAAAGCAAACUUGGUUACCUUAAAACAGCAACCAGUCCCCGUUAUUAAAAUUCAUGAAGCAAUCUAAGUUUUUAACGAUAAGGCUGGCGGCUAGGAUAAUGUUAUAUUUUGCAAUUUUCUCUUAUAGGGAAAAUAAUGCAGUUGCAGGACAUGCAGUUGGUUCAGCUGCAAGAGAGCCAAUAGAGCAAGGGGUAGGUAGAUAUUUACAAGCUCAAGAGGUGCCUGUCAUGCAGUAUCCAAUAUAGACAAUAUCAAGACCUCCCAACAUUAGUACAAAAGAUAAACGCCUACUUUUUUAUUGCACUAGCACUAGAAAAUGUUUCUGCAGCUCGUGUUUCCAUAAAGCACGUUGCCAAAAUCAAAAUCUCCUAAAUCCUAACGCAAGUUGUGACUUUGCCUGCGUGCAGACGUCUCCUAUUUCCUUUGUUGCACGUGGAAAAGGGACAACAAAGGAAAUAGGAGACGUCUGCACGCAGGCAAGUUGUGACUUGAAAAAAAAAAGGGAGGUUUAAAUUUAUCUGUUUAGUACAUUUUCCAAGUUUUGGCAUCAGCACAGCUAGACUGCGAGGACCCGCUUUGGUGAUAGUUGAAGGCUGGGACUCACAUUUUUGUGACAGUUAACUGUUUCUUGACCGGCAAUUAUUAUGAGACAACUUAACAAGAAAGUGAUAAUAUCUCCUAAUCUAUGCUGGUCUAAAAAUACGUAUUUCCACUCUUUUCUAGGCCAUCGGUGGUCAACCCAUUCAAGGCGUAUAUCAUCUCAUUCAUGCUGGAGAACAGACAGAACAUGGAUCUCAGCAUCAUUCUAUUGGUCAGGCUAACGCUGCAGGUUUUCACAAUGGGCUGAUGGAUCCCCAAGGGAUCUCACCAUUGUCAGUUGUGCCACCAAGCUAUCCUCAUCUCCCGAUGAGGGAGCUUAUUGUGAAGAAUUUGAAUUUCAAUCCAUUGCAGUACGCAACAACUAAUAUGCACUGCAGGCGAGGAUGGACUGUUGCAACUGAGUCGAACGAUGGAAUCGGGUGUUCUGAAUCUGUCGAGGAGACCAGCCAAUUUCCGGAGCAGAACCAAGGACGUGAACGCAUGCGUGCAUCUAGAUUUCUUCGACAGCAGACUUUAGACAGGUCAGUAAACGAACACUCCGCACUACACCCUAAUUUCUUUCAACGAUCGAGAGCUUUCUUUCUCUGGCCACGGGUUAUCAGUGCGUUAUGUUACUCCUGGAAAUGAUUGGAAUCGCAAUAUUUGAUCAGUAUACAUGGCAAAAUCAUGAGUCGUUUAAUUAACAGUUUAGUUUCUGAGAUUCUCUUUUGUGGUUGCUACCUACCUCAUUUCAUCAAUACGUGUUAGUAAGGAUUUAAAGAAACCCGUGAAAUUUUAAGUAAACAUCGUAAAAUUACAGGUCAUAACCUGCGAUCAGGCGAACCUCAUUCUCUGUUGAUCAGCACAUCUCAAGUUUCAGUUAUGUUGCACAGAUGGCAGUGUUGUUACUAACUCGAGGCCUAUCUUGAGUUUGGUCAGUUCUUGUCACUUGUGUCGUUUUAUCCAUCAGGGUUGUGCUGGAUCGCAGGUAAAAGGUCAAAAUGACCCCAUACUCGUAGAGGGGUCAAAGUUUACAUUUUCAGGCAGCUGUGGCAUCCAAGUUUGUUAGUAACUGUUUCCAAUUUUUUUUUCUUCAUGCUACCACUCAUAAAACAACCCUCAACAGGUUAAGUCCAGCAGAACAUUUCUUAACUCAAGGUCAGAUCUGUCGUGGAAAUUAUACUUGGAAAAUAGAGAGUUUCUCUCAGCUCCUCCAGGACGCAAGCAAUGGAGAGAUAAGAUCACUUGAGAGUCCUCCGAUUUACACUAGCUUCCCUUGUGGGUACAAGUUCUUCAUGCGUAUCUUCCCGAAAGGCGUUGAUGGUGGAGAUGGAAGACACAUUGGCCUGUUUGUUGGCAUGAUGCAGGGGGAUUUGGAUAACAGGCUCGAAUGGCCAUUCGGCGGGCAAAUAUCUCUCUCCCUGUUGGAUCAAAGCAACGAUGCUCACAGGUUCUGUAACGAUGUCAGUGGCACUUUCACGGCUAACGGAAAUCUGGGAGCUUUUCAGGAACCCACGGCUGCCGGGCGAUACACCACCUUGUAUGGCUACGAAGAGUUUGCGCCCAUCGACAUGGUUUGCACCCCACAGUACUCUAAAGGUGAUGCGGUGAUGAUCAAGAUUGAGAUCAAUAAAAACAUCUAA